AAUACUUAUUACACUUUUUGUCUGGUUUAUACAAGUACAAUGUGAGAAUAUUACAACAACAAUUGAAUCUAAUUUUUCUAACGAUGAAGGAGUUACUGACCCUAUAAUUAAUAUAACCGAUGUGAUGAAUAAAACGCUAACUGGAAUUAAUAAAAUGGUUAAUCAAACAACUUCAAUGAAUGGAGUGAUGAAAAAUCUAAUAAGAAAACGUCGCCGAGCUCCACCAGAUGAAGAUAAUGACACGUUUGCUCCUGAUACAAUAUUGAUUGAUACGUCAAAAAUUGAUGAACCCCCACGUUCGAUGAAAAAAAAAGUACAGGAUCCAACUAAAUCUUUAAUGCCUAUGAAUGAAGCUAUUAAGUUAAGGAAUAAGCAGCCAAUCAAACCAAUAAAUUUUGAAGUUAAGAUGCCACAUUCUGCAAAUAGUGACAAACUCCCGCCACACGGAUAUUUUGAUAAUGACCACCAUUAUAAUUACGAGUCGAGAAAAUUAUUCAGACGACCACCGAAUUUCCCGACCUCUUCACCUGAAUUGACUAGUAAAUAUAAAUCUAGAAAGAAAACCGUGAAAAAAGACUUAAGUAGCUUAAAGAAUGAUAUAUUUGAGCAGCGUUAAAACGUAAAUAGUAGCUAUAUGCACCGAAUAAAAAAAAAAAAAAAAA